AUGGAAGGAUUUCACUGGGAAAUGUCAUCUUUAUCGAGAGAAAGAACGAGUGAUUCUCGUUAUGGUCUGAGAGAACAAGCAAAAUGCUCUGCUCGUUUCCGAGAGUAUACUGAAAGUGAGGCUUCAAGAAAAUCGCCAAUUAAGCGAAAAUCGCCAAAUAAAAAAGCAAAUACAUUGAUGGAGGUUGAUGGAAAACCACAGCAAAUUCGAUAUUCAUCCGGCGCUUCGGGUCAGAAGGCAAAUAUUGUUGCUUCACCUGAUGAAUAUGGCGAAUUUAGCGCGUCAAGCUAUUCCCAAAGAACAGCAGCAAAUACAGAUGGCGUUGUACAACAGCAAGAGUACAUUGGCUCCAGUCAGUAUCAAGACGUGGAUCAAUCCAUUAAUGUUGAUGAUGCAUACGAAUCGCUAGCAUACCAUCACGACGACCAAGGGACUGUAACUAAUCCGCAAAAAUCAUAUGCACUAUCCUCCACGGCAAGUCUUAGAGCUCCUCAAGGCGUCUUUGUUGACAAUUCGAGAGGAGUCAAUCAGCGGACAAGAAUAAGAACACAACAUUCUGAUUUAACGGAAUCGAUCAGAGAAAAUUUAAGACGCCUAAAGAAUGUGCUGAAACUUCCAAAAGCGCGGCGUUGGGUAUACUGCGAAUUCUUUUAUUCAAGUAUUGAUGAACAGCUUUUCAAUGCCGAAAAUGAGUUUAGCCAGCUAUUGAGGGAAUAUUUUCCAAACCUGAAAACCCGAUGGUUGCGUCGACCUGAGUGGAGAACUAUUAGAAGACUUGUUGGCAAGCCUAGGAGAUGUAGUGCAGCAUUCCUUGAAGAAGAACGGCAUCAACUUGAAAUUAAAAGAACAAAAAUUAAACAGAUUUGCGACGGAUCGGUGGUUCUUGAUGGAAAUAUGGACUUUUCGGAUUUACCUCCAGUUCUUCCCAGGCCACUCGCUGUUGGUGUCAAAAUUUACGCUCGAGUCAGAUAUCCAAAAGAUGGAAUUUACGCCGGAACUAUUGAUGCGAUUUUACCCGAAGGCUAUCGAGUCAUUUUUGAAAAAGAAGAAAUGCUACAACCGACUGUCGUGCGUGGCACCGAAGUUAUGUCUGAUACAACAAACGAAUUGUUGCCGCUCAGUUAUUUCCUGGAACAAAAUAAAGCCGCACUCCCAUCAGCACUAAAAAUUACUGGUACCCCGAUUCUCCCGGGUGGAAAAAUACUCACUGAUCGCUCUCAUACGCACAGAAACGAUGUAGUGAUGGCAUCUGCCACCAAGCAACUUGGAGUUGUAGGUGCUAAGAAAUCAAAAGAUGAGAAAGUUGGAAAUUUCCCAGUGCGUCUUCUGGUAAUUUUGGUGAAGCUUUCAAAAUUGUUGGAGGCUAAAAGAGGUUUGGUGCGACAGCUGGCCGAAUUAAACAAUGAAGCUGAACGAGUCAACCUAAUAUCGGAUCAGUAUCAUUUCACUUUUCAGGAAAAAUAUGCCCAAGUUGUCGUUGACCUCGAGCAAUUAAACAAACAAAUGAACACGUAUAUGCAAGGCGUGCAUGAAUACCACAAUCAAUUGCUGCCACAGCUUUCAGAGGUUUCGGUGAUCUCCCGCCCAGAAGCUCUUCGAAAAGUCUCAAUGUCGCAUGCUGUGCAGAUUGUUAAGCAUUGCCGAAAUCAGAUGAACAGUCACAUCCACAGCAAGCGCGCCAUGGACCUGAUUACUAAUCUGACUAGUCUCUUAUUGCAGGUUCGUCAACUCGGUCAACAGAAGUGCACUCCUUUGGAUUUGCAGUCGCUAAAUGAGUCUAUUAAUGAAAUUCGAUCACAGAUUAUGCCACAAAAUUUGGGAACGUUUCAAGAUUGCGUUGAAGUACACAUGAAGCAGAUUCACAAUAUGAUGUUGAACAAUAGCGCUGUA